AUGGGACAUAUAAGUGAGAUUUGGCUGAAGUUUUUCAUCAUCUAUGAAAUUACGGGGGAAGAGCCAAGGGUCAUCAUUUCCAACGAAGAAAAGGGGACAGAUGUUGUUGUCUCCAAGGCAACAGUUCUCACAGAAUAUCUGGUGACCUUUAGGGACAAAAUUAUCCACCUGCUGUUACUAGACAAGCUCCUCAGCACAGCACAGGAUGAAGACAGCAAUGUUUGUGAUCAGCUCAUCACAACAGCAAUAACUUCAUUUGCUCAAGCGGAAAAGUUCCUGCGUAAGUUUCGCUGCCACCGGCCCAUGCUGUGGGAGGUGGACCAGAAGGUGAAGGAGGCAGCAGAUGCACUCCAUCCUUCCAGCAAUGUAGAUCUCAUGCAGAACAUCCUGCAGGACACCCUCAUCCACUGCUGGGAGUUACUGCUGAAACGACACUCAGCCACCAUGCAGAUUGAUGCUAAGUUUCAGGACCUGCUCUUCAGGGCACUCGACUACUAUGUUGUGGGGCGGCUCCAUGAGAUGCUUUGGUGGCUGGUGUGUGAACGAUGCCAGGUGGUUGACCAGCUGGUGAAGACACGGUUGUCACACCUCCGCCAUGCACAUCUCUCAGCUCUGCAGUUAGGGGUCCCGGCACACUACUACACUCCUCUGCCAGCUGCCGUUGUUGAGCUAGCUUCCCUGGCAAGUGUGGAGAGUGCCAUAGGUAGAUUACAAUGUGUCCACUCCACCAUCGAGCUCAUCCAGGCACAGGCCAAGGAGGCUCGGGUCACCCUGCACCAGUAUAAGGAUCAAGAGGGAGAGCCAGAGCUGGAGUUAACUAAGGAGGAGUUGAUGGCUUUACUGACUACUGUGGUAGUCCAGGCGCAGUGCUCACACCUGGUAGCUAACAUCUAUUACAUGACCCACUAUGUUUUCUCGGUCACCGAAGAUGACCCUCUCUGGAAAAGCCUUGGCCUGCUUCGCAACACCCUAGAGAACAUCAUGAAGCUGGAUGUAGCCCGACUUCCACAGCCAGCAAAAUCCAUACGAAAGGAACUCUCUCUCCAGGACCUUAUGCAGGUAAGCGCAGAGGUGGAGUCGCGGUUUGAGGCAAAGGGCCCCAGCCGCAGCAUUGGGGAUAUCACGGCCCUGGACCUGCAGCUGCACCAGCUUACACAGCAGAUACAGUUGUCAACUCAAGCCCACUCUGAGACUCACUUGACUGAGAGGAACUCGCCCAGCCGUAGGUCUGACCGCACCAUGCUCUCACCCACACAGGACAACAGCAAGUCACACAGUUUCAGAGAGUUCCUUUCAAGCAUUCCCUCCUCCCUGCGAGAGAGCCUGCGCCGCAGACAGUCGCAGCAGAGAAGCGCCAUCCAGUCUUCCCUCAAUGGAUAGGUCGCCAACUGAUUGCAUGAUCUUUAGAUUACCAGUAUUGGGAAUGUUGCGUGGAAAUACCAUACAGUUAGGUUUGCCUUGAUGUUUUUAUCGAGAGUUGUUAAAAUUCUUGGUUCAUAUGUGCUGCUUAUUUUUAUUAUUAGAGGUAAUUUUGGCAAUGUUUUCUUUUAAUUUUUCAUCAUUUAUUAUGGAUUUUCCAUUGGAAUUUAUUUAUUUGUCUUUGCCUUCCAUUUCAUUUAUUUUUUAUAUCUAUUCAUAUUUAUAUGUUUUUGAUUUUGAUUUUAGAAUUUCCCAGCAGAGGGAAUUAACUGAUGAGAACAAUAUUUGUGUAAUAUUUUGUGAAAUAGGUUUGUGAAGUCUUUACUUUAAAUGUUUAC